AUGUCUGUUAUUGAGGCUGUUGGCAUGCCUCAUGAUGAUAUUUAUAGGCCACAGCCUGUCGUCGUCAUGCCAUGCAACCCUAGACCUGGCUUGGAUGAUGGAGAAGAUUUUGAAGCUGAAAUCAAUGCAAUUAUGUCGGAUGAGUCCGAUAGCUCUGACGGAUCGGACAGUGAACAAUCUGGGAGUGAUCUCGACCAGUUGAGGUUGGUCUUGGCUGUCUCUGGUGCCGACGCCCAAAUGCAUGAGGUUCGAAAGGCUCUCGCGAUGGCCCAGCAAGCCUACAAUACGACACAAUCCGAAUUACAUGUCCUCAAGAGACAAUACCUUGCACUAUCCUCUGCGGUUCCUGCUCGCAGCCGCAACUGCGUGCUCAAGAAAACAUCUCCACUGGACUCCAGUAUCAGCCAUCAAGGUCAGAGAUAUGUGCUGUACUGUCACUUCUGGGUCAUAAAUGACCUGUUUCCGACAACACCUCAACCUGGUGUCGACUCAUGCAGCACUACACACUGGACCUCUCCCGAGGCAAAGCUUAAAGGUGCCAUGGCGGAACUGUACCUGUUCAUACUUAAGGAUCUGCACCAUUCAAUGGAAACCUAUUCUCAGUUUGCAUCCUUGCUCCGAGAGGUCAAAUAUCCUGCACAGCAUCAAGGACUGUGCAGGCAUCAUCUUCUCUUCUUUCAAGCUCGAUCUGAAUCUUUUUGCCAACCAGCCUUCGAAGAAGCAAAAUGUCAAAGACCUCCUUGUCUUAUUGAAGAGAAAUGGCAAGGGCGACUACAUCCAUCUACGCCUGUACUAUUUACGAAGCCCAAUGCCAUGGCAGCUGAUGAUUUUCUCAAGUCUAUCGUCCUCAUCAAAAUUGUUCGGGUUGAAGUCUUUGGGAAGGCAAUACUUGGUGGGAAGACCUGGGGCCAUCCAAAGGGCAGGGGUCUGCGUAUGGGCACACAGAGUGUCUCAGAGGGUAUGAUUGCGGGUGCGGCUAUCCUGGCAAGUUUACCACAUAUUCCUUACUUGGUAUUGCUGAUCGUUCGCUCACAGGCACAUUUCUUAUUGACACAUGAUGCUGAGCUUACAGCAAUUGGAGCAGAGACCAAAAUCGACUACCAGAAGGACUACAACUUUUACUUGGAACACCUACUCAAAGGCAUGCCAUGGGCCAUCAGUGUGAUGGAGUAUUUCAACAAAGAGGUCUUCAAUACUACUACCACGCAUAGCACACCUAUAUCUACGACACUACCUGCUGCCACGCCUCGCACCUGGGAGGAUGAUUUCUUACAGGAACUAGACAACUUGGACCCUGUCAUCCGUCAUCCUUCACCAGCCCGUUCUCUUGCACAUGCACGUGCACCUUCUCCCACCCUUUCUGCCCUUUCCAAUCUCUCCUCCUCGAUACCUGCAGCCCCUGCUGUUAUCCAUGAUGACCUUUCCAUCUCAGCCGCCAUGAAUUUCACUUCAUCAACUCAGGUAUCCAUUGGUCAGACAGGUGUCACGUCUGCUUCCACGCAGGUACAUUUUGACCUCAAUCAAUUGUCACUCGCCAACAAUGACAUUGGUUCAUUGGCUGCAGUGCCUGCACCUUUGGCAACAGGUUCCAAAGUACCUACUCGUCGGGGCUGCAUUUCAGCACAGGCUGCUCAAGUCACUAUGGCAGCCGACAAAAUGCUUACAGAACCUGCCAAGACCAAGCAUUGA